AUGGUGGUUGGAGACACGACAAUCAUGGCAACGAGUACCUGUGCGACGCUGCCUGCGGGAUUCAUGAGACGACGGUUGCGGUUAAGUGGAGGACGCGCGGCGGCGGAGAAGCGGCGACACCGGAGACCUGACACCCAGCUUGCUGCUGUACAUGGUCUACUGGCUGCGGAGCUUCGGGAAAGACGCGAAGAAAGAGCGAAAGUGCUGCGGACACAAGUACGACGGCUAAUUGCAGGAGUUUCCGGUAGCAGCACGUUAGUCCCAGUACAGGAUCGCCAACGACGAGUGAAAGAGGUGGUGGCGGCCUUGAGGGACACAGUGACUCGAGUAGCAGCAGAGGACGCAGAGCUACGAUCGGUAGAGACUAACGACACUGGAUCCGUGCAGGAAGCGUCCCCAGCGACGCUGGAGAGCAGUGAUCAGUGGCAGUUGGAGCAGAUCUACGACGAGAAAGUACCCAAGUGGUUGGAGGAAAGGGGAUCAUUGCAGGACAUGCGCCGAGUGCGGAGAGAAGCCAUGAAAGAAGCCAAGAAGUUCCGAGCGUUUAAGCGAGUGCAACGACUAGAGCAACUGCGACGAGGGGGACAAUUACGGAGCAAGAAACCGACAGCUGAGAAGGCACGUAUGGCUAGCAAAAGUGUACGCAAACAGAAGCAACAGUACCAGUACGUACAACAAGGCAAUUACGGGGACGUGGAGCUGGUUGCUAGUGAGGGUGGUACAAAACAACGCGUAGCCCAACUACGUGCUGUUGGUGACGGAAGAAUGCGAAGUCUGCCCACGGCGUUAUUAGCGGUGUCCAAGACGUGUAUUCUGGAGGCCAAGUUAGAUACAUGCGCGCAGUUCAGUGUAGCUGGUGUGGAGCUUCGUCGGCACCGGUUGACGUGGUUGAAGGCUUUGGAGGUGGACGACUGCGAGUGCUUGGUGUUUGGCAGUUCUCUGGUACUACACAAUAUCAACAGCGAGUGA